AUGCAGCUUAACGCCGGGCUGGCCACCCAGAUGUUGUUGAGCCUGUUCCGGGUGAAAGGCAUUGUCCAUUGGGGCAUUGCCGGCAACGCGAACGAGGACCUCCAGAUCGGCGACGUCACCAUCCCCGAGUACUGGGCCCACCUCUCCCUCUGGAACUGGCAGCGCUACGGCGACGGGAAGGAGAACGAGCUGCCGCUGGAGGCCGCCGGUGACUACACGCGGGAGUACGGCUUCCUCAACUUCUCCGACUACACCGUCGGGCAAGGUAACCCGGCCUUGUCGGCGAACGAGCUCAACAACAUCUGGUACCAGCCGGAGGAGAUCUUCCCGGCGUCGGGCGUUCCCGAGGAGCGGCAGCACGCGUUCUGGGUCCGUGCCAGCAAGCGCUACUACGCGUUGGCGGCGAAGCUGGAGGGGAUGGAGCUGCCGGCGUGCGUGAACGGGACGACGACGUGCCUUCCCCGCCCGCCGCGGGUAGUGCGGGUCAGCAGGGGGUGCAGCGGCAACGUGUUCCUGGACAACGCCCGGUACCGCCAGUUCCUGCGCACCAAGUUCGAGUGCACGCCCAUCGAGAUGGAGAGCGCCGCGGUCGCGCUUGUCGCGUACCAGCAGGGUGUCCCGUUCCUCACCAUCCGCUCGCUGUCGGAUCUGGCCGGGGGUGGAUCAGCUCUUGGGAACGAGGCCAGCACGUUCAUCAGCAUCGCCGCUCAGAAUGCCGUGGACGUCAUGCUCAAAUUUGUGCCGCUGCUAAAGGAGCAAUAG